GUAUCGAUACGUCGACAAAAUCGCGACGUUGUUGGCAUUCCAACUUCCAACACAACAUUCCCAAUCCAAACGCAACGGCAACGGUAGUCAGAUAGUGGGACGUCCAUCCGUGUGAAAAAUGUGAGUAUUGUGAGUACAAAAUCACAGAACUCGCGAUUCGCGACGCGAUCACCGCAUGAUCGCGUCUUCUCGAUUGGAUAGGAUCACUCGUUCAUUCUUCGCAUCACGUCGCAAGUGUUCCCAGUGGAUAUUUACGUAUAGCCAGAGCUGUCAUGCCUAUCAGUAAGUCGCAGAUGUGUAGAUUUUGCCAGAUUUUGCACUCGAGAUAGCGAGCGACUGGACCAACUGACACCUUGACGAUCGUGCACGUGCUCGAUUGCAUCAUCUGCAUAAUUUCGGACAGUUGAUAAACCAAUUGAGAUAAUGAGAGAUAACGAUUCAUCAGAGAUGUGGACAGCACAGCACCAUGGGAAUACAAACUGUGUAUGACUAGCAUGAAUAAUUUUGAUAUUGAUUCCUGUGUAUAUUCAAAGAAAUCUAGCUUUUCAAAAAAUGAGUCCAAUCAGAAUUACAACUGCGGACAGUCUCGACUAUCGUUACAUACCUAUCACAAAAAACAGCGUUAGUUUAGGCAUUAAAGCUAGCCACGAUGCAAGGAUUGCCUUACGGACACAUCUUGGUGGUGACUCCAAUGUAUAUGAGAUUAUUAUCGGAGGAUGGGGAAAUACUAUGUCGGCGAUAAAAAGAAAUAAUACAGAACCAGAUGUGGCAGAAGCAGACACUAGGGACAUACUGAAUCCUGAUGAGAUAUGUGAUAUUUUCAUACAAUGGUCUUGCGAUGGACUAUUAAGUGUUAGUCGUGAGGAUGAUUUUGACAUGCCGUUCAUGUCUUAUAAAGAUAGAAGCCCAUUUGUCAUAAAUUACAUAGGAGUUAGCACUGCUUGGGGUGCAACCGGAGAAUGGAUAAUUGAAGAAUGCCAGUUUACAUCCCCUGCUAUCAGACAGCAACUGAUGGACACGUGUCACUUCUGGGUGGAUUUCAGUGAGGCAUUUGGACUACCUCGGAACGCAGUGAUGGCUUCUGAGGAUGGUUUGUACAUCGGUAGAGCACAUCAUCAAGGUACAGUAACCCCGGGUGGAAUUCGCGACAACGUCUGCACAAUCGCAUGGGGCGGAAAUGGCCACGAGAAACGAGAAUUCCAGGUGUUGUGUGGUAAAGACGUGAAUUGGGUAAAAUCUUGGGAGGGUAGCGUGCCUCUACAUGCCCUACCUGCCGGUGAAACCGAGGAUGGUUACGCUUUAUUCGUCGGCAGAAUAUUGCACGAAGGAAUCUAUCACAUCGGCAAGAUACAACCAAAUCACCAAGUGUGUUAUAUACCGUUGAAUGGCCAAGAAAUGCCCUAUCUGGAGUACGAGACUUUGGUCAUUCAUGACAACUAUGGGGUCGAGUGUAUCGGAAGGUAAAGUGACAAACGGCUUAGAGACAGAGUGUAUUUAUUUUUUCACGAAACGAAACAUUUUCCGCAUGCUAUGGUUAAAUGUGAUUGAGCAUCUCCCCAGAUAGCAAAGCGUGUCUCAGCGAAAUCAUACAAAUCUGUGAUUGCUUAUGAUGCUGGCAACUUGCCAAAGAUUUGUCUUGAACGAUUUUGAAUAUACCGACAUUGUAGCAACACACAGGCAACAAUGUGUAUAUGUAUUGCCAGCAGUUUAACAGCAAGAUAGCUGCAUCAAUGUUAUCUUGUGUUGUCGGCAAUAUGAAAGCAUUACAUGAUGCUGCAUAUUAUUAUGGCAACAUGAUGGCAGUAGUGCGAAUUUUGAUGAUGACGAUUUUAAAGUUAUCGACAAACUACUGGCAAGUUGCUACUCAAAGUUAUCAUAUCAUGAAGGCAUCAAGUUGCCAACAAAUGAGGACUCAGUUACUGCAAUUCUGAUAGCAACACAUGCUUAGCAACGCAUACAUUAACAAGCAACAUGCCAGCAACAAGACAGACACGUUGCUAUCUGGGUCUAU